GCCCGCAUCGCUUGCAUCGCCUGCAUCACUUGCAUCGGCCCCGACAAAUCCUGGGCCGGACUCUGGAUCCUAUCGCCGUCUGUGAGGGCAUUCCGCUUGCUGCAUCCGCAGGUCACAACGAACAUUUCAUCAUCAAACACUCGGAUCGUGGGCCAGGAUGACACCCAAAACUCUUCCGCAGCAGCAGCCAUCGGUUCGCACCUAUCUGACUCGGUCGAGGAAGGCAUCGCUGCCGUCACAGGCGGCCGCCGCUGCAGGCCUCGGAAAGCACGACUCUCAGGCCACCAGCGAGUCGCCUCUUCCCCGUCGCAAUUUGCGCAAGCGACCUUACGGCGACCUCGCGACCCCGACCAAACUUGUCGACGACUCCCUGUCUGCCUCUCCGGCCCCGAAAGAGUCUCGCGUUCUCAAGCGACGCAAACUGAAGAUCAAAGAUGAUGUCGAGGAUGGAUCAAGCGAGUUUGCCGAGGACCAGAUUCGUGGAAAGGAGCUGGAGGCCCCCAGAGAGCCCCCCGUGCGGUCGAGCAUCGUGCCUGCUGCACCGGCUCUCUCCGAAGUAUCUGAGGCCCCGCCCGUCCCGCUGGACAUCAUCCAACGCCAGACCCGCAUCGCUCAAGACCCAACGAAACCUGUCCCACAAUCACGCCUUCCGCCCGACAGUCCCGUCCUGUCGACAUUCGACGGCCCGCCGUCCGUGGCCGAGCCUUCAGCGGAGCCGUCCGUCAAGCCUGUCGAGCGGGCAUUGCGGAAUGUCAAAGCCAGCGAUGCGGCAGAUCGAGCCAAGGCCCCAACCGAGACUGAACUUGAGUCUCCAGAUGCAGGCAGCAUCCAUGACCAUAUUAGCAUUCUCGAAGAGAAACGGCUGGCCUAUCUCGACCGUCGACUCAGCCUCGACAAAUCACUGAGCCGUCAGGCAGCCGCGCCGACCCUGUUUCGGACUGUGGCCCCGACCCAUCUCUCCGCGAGUGCAUCAUCACUCUACACCCAGAUCGGCCAAGUCGACAGCAAGCUGAGUCUGCCACCUAAAUACGAGGGCCUGGAGCAGCAGUUUUGCGAGCUGGAGCGGGCCCUGGCACUAUUUAAAGCUCGGGACAAGGCGGCCAACUUUGAAGACCUGAAAGUCACAAUCCGACUUGCCUCACGAUCGUACGUAUCCCAUCGCAAGUAUUUUUAAGGGCUGUAGGGCAGUUCGAAUGCGCCAUGGAGCGACAAGCAGCAUGGUCGCGUUAUACGAUUAUCACAACGUGUUCUGGAGGGAGGGAGGUGUGAUUGAGGAAGGAGAC